AUCGCACCACAAAGCUCCAUUUUUGUGAAAAAGGAGUUAAAAGAGCCGCUAAAAACUAAAACUAAUCAGGACGAUAUUUUGGUAUCUGUUGUCAAGCCUCUAAAUGAUACUCUGUUUUCUGGAAGUUAUUCCAGUUUUCCAGCAGGAUUCCGCUCCAGCUCACAAGUCCACGUCAACUCAGCAGAUUCCGUAGUUCAUCUCUGCCUCGGAGUGGGCCUCAGGAAGCCCUGA